UAACAAGAAGAGCGGUAAAAUUGGGUAAAAUAUGAAACAAAGAAAAAAGGUGAAAAAAAAAACAGCUAAGCAAACAACAAGUAAUCAUUUCACAGUCUCUAUAAAAUGACCUCUUAAAUCCACCGACGUUAUAGAGAGACAACAACAGCUUUGGUUCUGCCUCCGCCGCUUCUUCUUCUUCUUCUAAUCUCCGACAGAUUUACUCUGAUUCUGUUGUCUUCGAGAUGAUGAUGAUGUCGUCGCUUGGUGGUGGUGGUGGUGGAGGAGGAGGAAGUGGUGGUGGUAUUGGUGGUGGCGGCGGAGGGAGGUUUAUGACGUAUUCGUCGUCUCUUUCGGUGCCUCCUUCUGCUCCUCAGUCUCCUAAUUACUCCGGUGGUCUCCGAUCACAGUCUUCUGUCUUCGUUGAGCAAGAGAAGUAUCUUUCAGAGUUACUUGCAGAGCGUCAUAAGCUUACUCCAUUCCUGCCUGUGCUUCCACAUGCAUUUCGGCUACUAAACCAAGAAAUUUUGCGUGUAACCACACUGUUGGAGAAUGCUACAGUUUUAAGUCAGAGUGGGCUUGACCACCCUAGCCCUCUGGCUUCUGGAGGGAUAUUUCAGAAUGCAAGAGCUGACAUGAAUGGAUGGGCCUCCCAGUUUCCAUCAGAAAGAUCUGUUCCAUCAUCUCCGGGACCAAAUUGGCUUAACUCACCUGGUAGUUCGUCCGGUCUCAUCGCCAAGCGUACAAUCAGGGUCGAUAUUCCAGUCGACAAUUAUCCGAAUUUCAAUUUUGUUGGUCGCCUCCUGGGUCCUAGAGGAAACUCCCUGAAGCGAGUUGAAGCAAGUACUGAUUGCCGUGUUCUUAUAAGAGGAAGAGGAAGUAUAAAAGAUCCAAUUAAGGAGGAAAUGAUGAGAGGAAAACCGGGAUACGAGCACCUAAAUGAACCACUUCAUAUCUUAGUGGAAGCAGAAUUACCGAUUGAAAUAGUCGAUGCACGGCUCAUGCAAGCUCGGGAAAUACUUGACGAUCUUCUUACUCCUAUGGAGGAAACCCAUGAUAUGUACAAGAAACAACAGCUGCGCGAGCUAGCAUUGCUCAAUGGAACUCUUCGUGAAGAAGGAUCUCCAAUGUCCGGUUCUGUUUCUCCUUACAAUAGCCUUGGUAUGAAGAGAGCCAAAACAAGAGAAGGGUAAAAACCAUCGAACAGUUUGGCUGUGAUCAUAAAGCAAUAUGAAACCGAUCCAAAAGUCGACACAAAAAGGCCAUACCACUCUUGACGACACGGUACUGUCUCUUGUCCUUGGGGUAGAAAUGUUGUAUAUAUGAUUUAUGAAAUGUGUUUGUCAGUCUAUGUAUCAUUGUCCCGGAGAGAGAUCAGAUGACAAAAUUGCAACGGAAACACAAGAGCUGAUGAGUCUCUGUCUCUCUCCGAGACUUUGAUUUUGUUUUUGUUUAUGUUUUUAUGUCUGGAAAGUUGGGUUCCAACAGUUUUCUUUUAAGUUUUUUGUUUAUUUGUUGUUUUAGCAAAAAGAAAACAUUAAAUCAUGAUGAUGGUUUGUGUCUGGUAUUGGUAAUGAUAAUAAUCAUAAUAUGUUUUGGAUACAUAAACGUCAAAGUAAAGCUUGUUUCAAUAUGAUAUGUGGAAUUAUGUAAAGCAAAUGUUCUGUUCUCGAGUAUUUUUCACAUUUUUAUUACUGGAAGUCGACAUUUUCUAUUACAUGUCAACUCUGUUUU